AUGUCGGACCUAUUUACUGGCCUAUUAGAUCAAGAGAACUAUGACCAGGGCUACACCAUCCGGCUGCAGAAAAAGCGGGAAAGGAAGCUCCUUCGAGCCAUCCGCAAGAACGAUAUCGCCAAGGUCAACGCACUCGCAGAUGGCAGACGCGAAAUUACACAACUACUCAUCCAAUAUCACGUCCAAUCUCCGAGUAACCCCGGCCCCGAUUUGGAUGACGACGAGUUGCUCAUAGCAGCCGGUCAGGGCUGUGUGGAAAUCUUAAAAAUGCUUAUAGAGUACCGCAAGAAACUUGGCUACAAGGGCACUGCUUGGCCAAGUCAUCAAGGUGACGAGCCAAUUCACCGCGCUGCCACUUGGGCCGCUUGGAAUGUCUUCAGAUUGACUGCCGGUGCUGCGGUUUUACUCGCAUCAGGCGCGGAUGUCAAUGCCUUAACCACUACGGGUGACACACCUAUUUUGAUGGCGGCUGGUGCCGACAAUGAAGCCGCUAUUAAAGAAUUACUCAAGUCAUCACCCGAUCUUCACCAGAAAGGCUUAUUUGGAGAGACAGUUUUACUUGUCGCUACCUCUUCUUGCUCCUUGAAAACAGUGCGGAUGCUCGUCGCAGCGGGUGCUGACAUCCACUGUCGGACUAAGUGGAAAGCUUCUGUUUUACAUCUGGCAGCCGAAGCUGGGAAAAUCAAGACUUUCAAAUGGAUCCUUGAUAACAGCAAUCUUACCAUUGACGAUCUUGACUGUCAUAAUUGGACUCCACUACACUUUGCUGCGUGCAAGAACCAGGUGGCAAUGGCCAACCUUGUCGAGAGUCUUAUUCAACAUGGUGCUGAUGUAAUGGCACUGGCAGACAGUAGGAUUUUGCACUUUGGGGGAUGGCUUUCACAGGCAUCCCGCACGAAUAUGUACUGGACCUCGAAAGGAAAUACUACCCCAUCCGACAUGAUCUUUCCCCUCCACUGCGCCGCUAGCAGUGGUGGCAUUAAGAGGGCAAAAGCGCUUCUAUCGGCUGGGGCGGAUAUCCAUACCCGCACUGCCCCAGGUGGAAAGACAGCGCUUCACCUGGCUGCGAGAAAUUCGCUCCGGAACAUGGUCCGUUUCUUGGUUCAAGGAGGCCUGAAUCAUCGGCUGACUGAUACUGAGGGACAUACAAUGGUUCACUGUCUGUCUCUAGCGGGAGAAUACGAGCCCAUUAGUGUCAAGGACUUUCUUGUCGCUGAGAACCUUUACGGCCCCUAG